GCGGCUGGUCGGCUGUCAGCGCACAGAAGAUGGUGGCGGCUGCGGACACUGCGUUGCCCGCCGCGCCCGGAUAGCGCACACACAUACACACACACAUACACACAACCUUUCCAGGAGGAUUUCGACGUUGGAGUGGCACGCAGAUAAUGGUCAGAUAACGACAAGAAGAAAAUCUCAUCUCACUGUGGACGGUGCAAGGGAAUGAAAAAGCUGGACGAUGCAGAAGCCCAAAUCCUCCAGUCUUGGGUUUUAAGGGGAAUUAUUUAGAAGGUAUGGAAAUACUGCCUUGCGCGUUCCAUGCAGUUCAAUUAAAGUGGCGUGACAAGGAACGCACUCUGUUUUGACCUGUGGGACUGUGGUGAGGGGGGCGUGGAGCAGAGGUGGACACCUUUUAAUUCUCUCUCUCUCUUCAUGCUGGUGUGUGCAAACUUUACUUGGGAGUAAAAGGGACUGGAUUGGACGAGACUUCAUGUCUGCUCAAGGCUGCGUUUUGUCAUCUGUCCGGUUGGCACAGAAUAUCCAGGUAAAAGCCGGCAUGGUCAGAAACAGGACAUCUGGAUCUUUUCUUGGGGUGCAGAACUCGGCAACGGUAGAUGUGUCUGCGGAUACCAAAGCAAUACGAAUGUUACCGACCAAUGAACGAAGAUUGAAUUGUGCGUAACCGCAGAUGUGCGUAUUUACAGGUCUGGCAAAAAAAAAAAAACCCAACACAAACAAACAAAUUCCUCACGUCCAAAGACCCCUUCUGCGUUUGGAGACAGUAGUCAGGCUCCGUCCAAAAGAAUAGUCGCGAUUAGGCCCUGAAGCAAUGAGUAUGUGUGUCUAAAUACAAGCUCUUGUGGCAGCUUUUGCGCACACAUUCACCCAGCUGACCUCUUCAAUCACCAAGCAAAACAGAAGAUCCAUAUCUCCAGCCGUUUGGGAAAUACACAAAGAAACACAGUGGAGAAGUAGUUUUUGCUGAAGUUUGUAAAAAAAAAAAGUAGCAGUUAUUCCCAAUGGAGCAAGCAGAGAAGAAUAAACUGACUAGGCAAGCAAUAGUAAUGAAAUGUGACUGCAGCAGGCUUUCCAAUAAAUCUAUUUACUAUUAUACUAUUUAAAGCAUUUAAUAUUCAACCUUUAUUCCCACAUUUUAGUGAGUAUAAGUUGUCAAGCACCCCUUUUAACCUAUCCUAUGGUCUUUCUUUUUCCACUUUGGCUUUUUUUUAGACAGUACUUUCUGUGUUUUCCCAAUGUUUUUCCAAUGAGUAAAAGACUUUGCAGGCAGCUGAGUGGAUUUGGAGUGAAACAGAGCAGGCAGAGAGUGAACCUUGCAGUCUCAAGUGCGUCAAAACAGACGGGAACCUAGAGGAAUGCAGGGAUUGACGUCAAGAAAGGCAGUAAUGAACUACUCAAAAUUUUUGGAAGGUGUGCUGGUAUUACUUCAGCCUCGACGUGGCUGAGUGGAAAUUUUUCCUCACACGUUUUUCAACUUUUUAAUGUCUGUCAUUCCUUUUGUUGUCUUACUGUGGCUCCAUACUUUGCCUUAUUUUUUUACAUACUUUGGAAUAACACUUGCUUAUGCAUAGACUUUAAUUCUGUAUCGAUUUUUAAAAUGGCAUCCCCCCAGCAUCAACAACUGCUGCCUCACAACACAGAAGUGAGCUGUGACUCAAGUGGAGAUGGAGGCGUCUCAGUGAGGAUUGGCAGUAGUGUCAAGCAUAAGCAUGGAGGCGGGCCGUUAGGUUCAUUCGGGGGAGGCUUCAUGGGGGGAUCCAAACACUGCAAGUACAGUAUCUCCUCCAGUUGUAGCUCUGGAGAGUCCGGAGUGAGGAGGCCUGUGGUCAAGAGCUUUCGUGCGCAGAAGAAGAUGCCUCAGCUUUUUGAGAGAUCUGCAGGUCAUUUCUGGGACCCAAAGUUUGACUCCUCUAUCCUGGAGGAGGCCUGCAGAGAAAGGUGUUUCCCCCAGACCAAGCGACGGUUCCGCUAUGUGCUCUUUUAUCUGGUCUCUGCUGGUUUCCUCUGGGGAUUGUACUUUGCCACUAACCCCUCCCGCUGUGACAGGACAGUCUUUCUCAUUCCCACUGCAUCCUUCCUCCUUUUUUGCCUCCUCCUUUUCCUCUUAACUUUUACAAAGCUCUACUCUCGCUGCUACAACCAAGCAUCUCUGCUACUCAUCCUUGUAACCUUCAUCCUGACCCUGGCCCCACAAAUCCAAACAUCAGGAUUUGGGGACGUAGAGACCCCUACACUGACAUUUGAUGAGGAUGAGUUCAGUGGCGUGGGGCCUGUGCAAAACCUGUCUUAUGACAAGCUUGUGGGGGAGAGCUCCAGGUCACCAUGUAUCUCACCGGUAGGCAUGUUUUCACUCUGUAUCGAAGUUCUCCUGUUGCUAUACAGUGUUCUUCAUGUCCGUCUUUAUGCUUCUGUCCUGCUGGGCUUUCUCUAUUCUGUUUUCUUUGAGAGUUUGGGUUGGCUACACCUAAUUCAGGCAUCGGAUGACUGGAGCUUCUCCUCUCAGGCUGACUUGGAUACAUUAAGAUGGUUGGGGCCAGCCAAAGCUCUGCUGCACCUCUGUGCCCAUGCCAUUGGUAUACACUUAUUCAUAAUGUCCGAGGUGCGGUCACGAAGCACUUUCCUCAAGGUGGGACAGGCUAUCAUGCACGGUAAGGACCUGGAGGUUGAGAAAGCCUUAAAGGAGCGAAUGAUCCACUCUGUCAUGCCCAGAAUUGUGGCUGAUGAACUAAUGAAGCAGGGCGAUGAAGAGAUAGGGGACAGUUCUGGAAAACGCUACUCCACCAGCGGUGCAGCAGCUGCUCUCUCCAGCCCUAAGAACAAUAAACGCAAAAAAACCUCCAUCCCUCGAGGCCAGAUCAUUUUCAGGCCUUUCAACAUGAAACGAAUGGAGCCGGUCAGUAUCCUCUUUGCAGACAUUGUGGGAUUCACAAAAAUGUCUGCCAAUAAAUCUGCACAUGCCCUGGUGGGACUUUUAAAUGACUUAUUUGGACGUUUUGAUCGUCUUUGUGAACUCACUGGCUGUGAAAAGAUCAGUACUCUAGGUGACUGUUACUACUGUGUGGCUGGUUGCCCUGAACCCAGACCAGACCAUGCUUAUUGUUGUGUGGAGAUGGGCCUGGGCAUGAUCCAGGCUAUUGAACAGUUCUGCCAGGAGAAGAGGGAGAUGGUGAACAUGAGAGUGGGCGUCCACACAGGCACUGUACUGUGUGGUAUCCUGGGGAUGAAGCGCUUCAAGUUUGAUGUGUGGUCAAAUGAUGUUAACCUGGCCAACCUAAUGGAGCAGCUGGGUGUGGCUGGGAAGGUCCACCUAUCACAAGCCACAGCUAACUUCCUGGAUGACCGUUACCAACAUGAAGAUGGACAGGUCAAUGAGAGAAUAGGACAGAGUGUGGUGGCGGAUCAGCUGAAAGGCCUGAAGACCUACUUGAUUUCUGGCAGGAAGGUGGAACCACACUCCCAUUGUAGCUGCUCCCAGUUGGGGUUGUCUGGGCCUGAACACCCCGACCACAAGUGUUCCACGCCCAGAGUACACACACCUGAUGGUGCCCCCUCAGCCUGCAAACUGCCCACUGACAGAGCCAAGUCUCCAUGUUUGUCCUGCAGUGCGACUCUGAUGCCAGGAGAGGAUCAGGUUCUGGAGGAAGGAGCAGUGCACAAUGGCUGCCAUGAUGAUCACAAGACCAACAGCAACAAGGACUCUUCAAAUUUGAAGUGUUCCCCAGCCAUUUCCGCAGGACGCAGCCCCAAGGCGCUGAACGGUCUGCUCAGUCCAAGAAUGGAAGCCUUGAACAACAGCCAGACGUCAUUGUGUGAGAUGCUGCAGGAAAAAGAGAAGAAGACCUGGGGUGGCGGUGCUAUGGGCAUGGAUCACUCAGCGCUCAUCCCUCUACGUUCUAAGAACUUCAGGGAGAGAAGUGAUGCCCACUUUGUUGACGUCAUCAAAGAGGAUAGCCUUAUGAAGGACUAUUUUUACAAACCUCCCAUAAACAAGCUGAGCCUCACCUUCCUGGAAAAGAGCCUGGAGUCUGCUUACCGGAUAAGCUACCAGGAGGAGGUGGAGACCCAAGCAUUGGUUCAAACUUUUGCCAGCCCAAUGUUCAGUUCUUUCCUGGACAUGCUGCUGUGCUGUUCAGUGUUUUUGGCGCUCUCACUAGCAUGUUUCCUUCAACCACUUGUCACUCACCAGAGUCUGCCCAUGCCGGCACUCAUUGUAACUGCUAUAGCUGGCCUGUGUGAGGCUCUGGCUCUGCUGUUUGCUAUACGUAUGGCUUUUUACCUGGACAGUGCAUUGAAUUGCACUCGGAUGCUGAUGAGUGUAGUCUCAGGCUGGAUACCGCGACAUUUUAUAGGCGCUGUUCUGGUGUCCCUACCUGCAGUCACUGUUUUCUCAAAUAUCACAUGUGACAUGCAUCUAUCUAUCCAGUUCAUCAUGUUCAUCUGCUGUGCUGUCAUCAUAGCUAUCAUUCAGUACUGUAACUUCUGCCAGCUAAGCUAUUGGAUGCGCUCAACUCUGGCUACUUUGGUUGGUGUGGGACAACUUACUUUACUCUUCAGGUCCCCCUGCAGUGUUGCGAGGAGUCUGUUUAUUUGGUCAGAUGACCAAUACAAUAAUAGCAACACCUCAAUUGCCAUGUCUGACGGCCCGGCAGACUCUGAUCCAGAGCCCCACCUCCAGGACCUACUUGGCCCUGAAGCCUGUGUGGCCUUUUUCCUGCUCCUCCUCCUGGUCUGGUUUCUUAACCGUGAAUUUGAGGUCAGUCACCGUCUGCAUUACCAUGGUAAUGUAGAAGCUGAUCAACACCGCAUCAAGAUCCAGAACAUGAGGGACCAGGCUGACUGGCUGCUCCGCAAUAUCAUCCCUAUCCAUGUGGCCGAGCAGCUAAAGGUCACCCAGAGCUAUUCCAAGAACCACGACAAUGUGGGUGUAAUAUUUGCAAGUAUUGUAAACUUCAGUGAGUUUUAUGAAGAAAGCUAUGAAGGAGGCAAGGAGUGCUAUCGCGUCCUCAAUGAGCUGAUUGGAGACUUUGAUGAGCUGCUAAGGAAGCCUGCCUUCACAAACAUUGAAAAGAUCAAGACUAUUGGCGCAACAUACAUGGCAGCAGCAGGGCUCAAUGCGCAGCAGUGUGCAGAUGCCGCCCAUCCUCACGCCCACCUUCGUGCUCUUUUCGAAUUUGCCCUAGAAAUGAUGCACGUGGUGGAUGACUUCAACAAGAACAUGCUGGGCUUUGGUUUCAAGCUUCGCAUUGGAUUCAAUCAUGGACCUCUGACCGCGGGUGUGAUCGGUACCACUAAACUACUUUACGACAUCUGGGGAGACACGGUCAACAUUGCCAGUCGGAUGGAUACAACAGGUGUUGAGUGUCGUGUUCAGGUCAGCGAGGAGAGCUAUUGUGUGCUCAGUAGCAUGGAUUAUGAGUUUGAUUACCGUGGCACAGUUAAUGUUAAAGGGAAAGGCCAAAUGAAGACCUUCCUUUACCCUAAGAGCAGUGAAAGUGGCCCCGUACCCCAGUAUCAGCUGUCAGUCUCACCAGAGAUCCGGGCGCAGGUGGAUGGAAGUAUCGGGCGCUCACCCACUGAUGAAAUUGCCAGCAUGGUGCCCGCAACCAAUGUCAAUACAAGCAGCACCAACACUAUGGUGGCCAGUGCCAGUGCUGGUUCCUCAACCAACACAGGGCUUGCACAUGAGAAAGACGUGCCACAUUGUGGAGAUCAGGUGACCAACCGUGAGAGACGCCCUUCACCAGAACCCAGUCAUGCAAGGAGGUCUGUGUCUCAUAGUGGCCUGAUAUCUAUACCUGCUACCAACCUAGAGGAACCCACUUCUUCUGCAGAUAGCAAACAGCACAUCAUCUCAUCCUCCACUCUGCAAAAUACACACAGUAAUUCCACAACGUCUCAAAGAGACAUCAAGAAGGACAAAUGUGAUGAUCAUGACCCUAACAUUGGAGACUUGACCAGACUUUAAUAAUUUACUACAAAGGCACUUUUUGUCUUCAAUCCUUUACCCUUUAAAGCUCUUGUUACAGCUGGUUGGCAUUUGUGGAGUUGUUAUGCGUUCAGUCGUACCAGGGUAUAUAUAUUCACAAACUUUUGAAAGGACCUUCUUUUCUACGUCAGCCAGACAACUUUUGUCUUAAACUGAUGACUUUGGAUGGACUGUGAUGCAGGAACACAGAGAAGAAAAAGAUGUGAUGGCUGAAUCUGGACCUUCUCUUGCCUGCUACAAAUCCCACUGUCUCCUAUUUACCUACUUGAUAAUCUUUACACCUUUAAUCUUGAUUAGUUCUUUCCUAUGUCUUUUAAGUGCCUUUAGAGUAGAAUAAUGUGUAGACUAAGCCUUUUUCAGUAAGGGAAAAAAAUAACAUAAAAGGGAAAACUGUACAUUUGCAAACUUUUUGAAAAAAGAAACUUUGCUUUUGUCCUAAAUUUACUUUUUAAACUAUGUUUUGCAAUGAUAUUUAUGCCUUUGUCGAAGAAGAGCUCAUCAAGCUACCUUUCAUAUGACAAGUGCUACAAUGUGAGGAGAAUCUUAAUGUGUAGAAGGGAAAUAACAUAAUCUUCUCUUGUUAUACAUAUAUGUAAAAUCUGCACUAAAAUGCAGCAAGGCUUAUUUCUGUGUUCCUUUUGAAAACUCUUCAGGAAAGACGCAUCAGAGACUAAUCAUUACAGGCCAAGGGUAGAGGAGGCUGAGUUGUGAGUAUAUUUGCAUGCAUAAAGUAUGUAUGAGUGAGUGUGUUUGUAUGUGUCUGUGUAGGAAUCAGAAAAUCCAGGGACUAAUGAGGAGAGGUGCUCGAGCGACUUGAUGAAACUGCUGGAUGACAAACAGUUCAGGAACGCACUGAAAGAAAAAAAAACUUUGCUUGCUGAUGUGGCGGCUUUUUCCCUGGCCUUGGUUAACAUCUUUGUAUUGUCUCAGUUAUGAGGCAUGAUGGGCUUAGCUCCACUUAAUCAGCAUGUGGCGAACAACAGCAUCACAGACGAAGCUGUAAUUGUUACUAAUGUGUGCGCCCACCUCUGUGAUCCUUUCUCUUGUGGGCUCUGUUAAGUGUUGAUGAGUAUUUCAAGGGAUAUUACAAAGGCACUGCUGUACCUGUAGAAUGUCUUUAGCUGUGACUUUAGAUUGAUUAGAGAAAACAACUGCCUAGGUUGCUACGGAUUACACUGUAUGCUAGUCGAUAGUGCUUUUUUUAAGACAUUGAUAAUCAAAGUGGAAUGUCACAAAUCAAAACAAUGUGUUUUAUUUGUAUUUAUUGUAACACAAAACUUGAACUGUUCAUGUGAAACUCCCAUCUCUAAUCUCUAAUGCAAACAUUUUGCAUUAGAUGCUUUGUACUUGCAAUGGCAUGAAACUUAAUGUAUAAGCACUGUAAAUACAAAGACAGUGCAUCAAGUUUUCAUAUUGCUUUGUAUAUGUUUUUGCUCAAUUUGACUUGAUUUACUUCAAUCUAUUUUGUCAUAUAUUAAUGAAACCUGUCAUUAAGGAUUGUGUGCUCAGAAGCAAAAAAGAUAUUACCAUGCAAUCCACUUCAGUGUCUUAUUUUUGACAUUUAAAUACAUAGAAAAACCUCAUAGUUUUUAAUUAUCAGGACAUAAUCAUGAUCAUAAUCAGUACUAUGAAAUAAAUAUUGCAUAAAAAAGACACAAGUUUGCCUUUUUUAUCAUUACAUAAUUAAUUUUUGGAGCAUUAAUCAUUAUCUCAUAGAUAAGUCAUCUGCUUUGGGUUUUGUGGAUUUGCUGCUUUGUGCCUUUUAAAUUCUCCCCUGCUGUUGUGUUCACUGUGAGCUCUAAUUUGCUUUUCAUGUAAAAAGGGAAUUUAAGCAGUGCCUUUUCUUAAUGUAUACAACUUAGUGUAAUCAUACCAAAUGUAUCCUACAUAAUUGGCCUUAAUGUCAUUCUUUGCUUGGCCUUCAUUUUGUAAUCCGGUUCAGGUGGGUUGAAUUGUUUUAAAUGCAAUAAUACCAUUUUAACAUGAUCAUUUUGAUGGAAAUAUGACCUGCUUUAUGCUUAUGAGCACACAAUCCUUGUACCAGUCUGAAUUUGUGUAUGUUAUGUUACAAAAAGGGACACUUAGAAUAAUGAUGCUACUGUCGAACAUUAAGUAUUCAAUAGAGGUCAUGAUACUUUAAUGUCAGGUAAAUUUCAUAAAGCUACAUUCCUUUUUUUCCUCUUGGUAGUUUUGAUGACAUAUUUGAAACACUAUGUUUUUUAUUAACUCUUUUGAACUAACAGGAAAAAUAAGGUAAAGUCUGAACUAACAGUUUUUUUUAUUGUAUCUUGAUUUGUUUUGCUGCAAACAUUUGCUUAUGGUUGACUUGGUUUGAAUUUUUGAAAUGACAUUCUGAACCAGCAGAGUGGCACAAUGGAAAAAAUUUGAUGCCAAAGAGUGUAACCACCAUCUCUUAGAUCUUUUCUUUCGUUGGUUGCAUUUUGCAUGUUUAAGAGGUCAUUUCUAUACUCACUGUUACAAGACAUUUGCACAAAGCUCUCACUUUUUAUGUACAGUAUGCCUUUGUAUUGUAUAGUAUCUGAGCAUUUUUUUAUUAUUUAUAUGUGCAUGUACAAUAGUAUUAAUUAGUAUAAAGAACUGGGCGAUUCUAACAAUAUUGGAAUAAUAAUUGUAUGUUCUGUUUGCCUGCAUGUGUGUAAAACGUAUGAGUGUUUGUAAAACUGUGUGAUCGUAUCAUAUGGAUUGUAUGUGGUUUGGAGGGGAUGCUUUUAUUUUUUGCAGGAAUGUGACCUGUUGGCCUACACUUUAGUGAAUUUUAUCAUCUCAGAAAGUAUGAUAUGUAAGACAGUAAGACUUAAGUCAACACAGGUCACGUUUCUUCUGUUGCUUUUCUAAAGUUAAACUAGCCAAAUAAAACAAGCUGUUCUAGAUGUUGGCUGGUAGGCAGUAUUUAAGUAGUUUGCUAAAGCCAUACUGUAAUGGAUUGUUGCUUUCUUUUUAAAUGUUUUUGUAUAUAGCACGCUAAAAAGUAUGCAAAUGAAAUUUAAAUUAAAUAAAAACGGUUGCUGGGAAA